GCUAAAAUAUAGUGAACUCGACGUUUUUGAAAAGUUAAUUGUUUUGACCUCUGUCAAUAUAGUUGAUGUUUGGUUUAUCAGACGCAGAGCUGGACAGAUAUUAAACUAGUGUGCUGUUGCUGUGUGUUGUUGGGCUGCACUGGUUUUGACAAUAAAAUCGAUAAGAAGAGCUGCGGACACAAUGAUGCUUAUUUCUGUUAACCAUACAAUACAACAAUGAGAAGGAAUUGACUUUUCUGAUUGUUAUUCAUACAAAAUGGAUCUAUCUGAUGGAUCUGAUGGGGAAGGAGAUUAUGAACUGGACGAAAAUGCACUUCUAGGAUCUGAUGAUGAGGAUGCUGGAAUUGUUCAACCUCGUUAUUCGAAAUUUAGCGAAAGUUCUGCUAAUCCUCAAGGUUUUGAGGAUGAGGAACAUACUGUUGCCGAAGACGGUGACGUUUUGGAUCUAGAACUGAACGAAGACGACGGAUUAGAAUUUGCUGAUGAUCCUCCCAUGUGUCCUUCUAAUAGCGAAAAAGUUGCACCCGUUCGAGUAGUUACCAUUUCAAACGCUAGUGACUCAUUAAGAAAUAAUGUAGUAGCACCGAAUACAGAUGGUUAUCAGCAUCAAAUGCCAGAAAACUAUGAAGAUUACACCGAUGAUUACGAAGAUAGCGGCCGGUUCGAUGAAGACGACGAUGAUGACGGCGAUAGAAACACUAGAACACGAUUUCAUAGUGAGAGAAAUACAGAAGAUAUGAUCACAAGUUCGCAACAGAUCAAGCCAAAUUCCUUUCCAAUUCAGACACUGGGAAGUGGAAAACAAGCCGCACCUGCUGAUAAUCAUAAUAAUAAUCAAAGAAAUUGGGGUCGCAACCCCAACCAUGGACAACAGCAUCAACCUAGUCAAUUUCCUCGUCCAAGGUUUCACGGAAUGAGGAAUUCAUUACUUGGAGAUCGACCUCGUGGAAAUCAAAAUUUUAAUCAAUUCCAUCGCCCACGUGGGAUUGGCGUUCGAAUGGAUGGACUUGGACUCCGGCCUCCCAUUCCACAGUUUCAAGGGGGGCGUGGUUUCGCAGGCUACAACCAACCUCCUCGCAUUCCAAAUCCUCAUUGCCCACCACAAAUUAUGGAACAAGGUCCUCACCACCCAUUUCCUAACCAAACGCCGCCAAGGCCAAGAAUGCAAGGUCCAUCUCCAGCAAAUAUGUUAAACGCACAGGGAAUGGGACAAAACAAUCCAAGAUUACCUAUGCAAAUGCGCCAGCCGCGACCAAUAAUUCGACCUCGUGGUGGAGGAACAAACAUGUCCCGUCCUCAUAUGCCCCCUAAUCAAUGGAGAAAUCAAAGGCUACCACAAGGGCAAAAUCAAUUUCCAAGAAUGCCAAUGAAUCCGGGCCUUCUUGGACAGCCUAACAUCAACAACAAUAACAACAUGAAUUAUAUGCCAGGCCCUCCUGGUCCUAACAUGUUUUCCCCUCAAGAAGCACAUUUAUUUAUGGAACAAGGACUUAUUCGACCUGAAAUGCCACCACCUCAAAUGCCUGGUGUCCAGUUUAACCCAUUUACCGGACAACCAAUUCAGCCCUUCCCUCAACCACAACAAGUUGGCUUUCCUGGUGGGCAACAACAAGGCCAGCAUGGAUUAUCUUUGAUGGUCACUCCCCCUCAUGAGAUGUAUCCUCAUAAUAAUAAUACUAAUAAUAAUAAUGUCCCCCAACAACAAAACCCAUUCUUUCAACAACAACAACCGCCACCACGGGAGCAUGUACAAUAUAGUCAACAUUUGAAUCGAUGGCCUGAACCACAAGCUAAUUCUUGGCCAGCUACUCCACCUCAUGGUCCAACUAUGCCUUCAAAUUAUAAUCUACCAGCACACAUGGGAACCAAUCCGAACCAGAAUAACGAUGUCUUUGUACAUCAACAGCAACAACAACUUCAAAUGGUUGAUCAUAAUCUUCACUCUGGUGGGUCACGGACAGAUGAAACUCAGAAUUACCGAAUGAAUCAGCUAACUCAUGAUAACUAUCAGCGCGAGCAAUCAUCAUCGGAGCUGGAUAGUCGUGCUCACGGGCAAAAACAAGAUCGUCAUACAUCACGAUCUGACCAUGAUAGGAAGUCUGAAGCCAGUUCAUAUGAUCGCAGAAGCUAUGCUGAUAGAAAUGAGUACUCACGAAGUCACGAUAGGUAUCCGAUUAAAAGAAAAUAUGACGAAGAAUCUCCACAUCGCAGUUACGACAAAUUGCCAAAAAGUCGCUGUGAGAGGCUCCCCUCUCCUCCACCAACAGAUCCCAAGACUGACGAAUUACUAAAAAUUCGCGAAGAAGCAAAGAAAACAAUUGGGCUUGACGAUGAAUAUAUAAGGAAAUUGGAAGCUCAAGCAAAGUUGCGAGAGGAAAUAUUGCGCAAAAAAGCAGCUUCUCGGAAAAAGCUCACCGGUUCUGACGAACCUGACACAGUCACGGCACAACAUGAUACAAUUCGUCAAAAGGCCUCUUCUAGGUCAUCGAUUUAUAUUAACCCCAAAGCUUUUACAGGAGACUUGAAUCCGCUGGAUGGAGCAGAGAGUGAAAGUGCGAAAUCCAUGCACCUGUAUACGAACUCGGCUGGGAUAACUACAAAGCCCCGCAAGGUAUUGAAAAUUGUGAAGGACAAAUACGGGAAUAUUAUCUCAAAGAGUAAGGUAAAGUGGUUGAAUUGUUUAAUUAUUAUAAUCAUUAAUUUUAUUACCUUGAUGUCGUCAUUCUGUUGUAAACCUGUUGUCACCAGAUUGUUUGUAGUGAAAUUACUACUUUGAAUCUCUCUCAAAGAUCUUACAUAUUUUUAUUCGUCGUAUGGUCUCAUUUAUCUACGUUCUUGUUGCCAUCAUUAAUUGAAGUAUUGAUUAAAAUGAGACACAUUUAUGUCAAGUAAAAUGUGGAUAGUGGGUUCUAGAGUAGUUUUGCAGCUUACUGUGAACCGGUCCCAGAAGAAAUCUGCUUCAACGAUAAAUCCAAAAUUGAACGCCUACAAUCAAACCAACUCCCCAACCAACCAGUGGGACCACGAAAUGGAAACGACACACAUAUCUAUAACCACAUAGUGGUCGAUAUGAUGAUAGCUGUUAUAACUAUAUUACAAUUAAAGUUUGAAAUAUAUCACUGUAUCAGGUUUCUUAUAUACGCGUAAUGCGUGUAUACGAUAAACUGUAACGGUGGGAUAUUUCAAUUUAAUUUAUCGUCCCUGAAUUAAUUCUUCUUAAUAACGAAAGAUUUUGGUUGACCUAUCGAUUACAUAACUGAGGUGGCGCACUACAAAUAUUGUUUGUUGUUACCAUUAAUUCUCAAGUUAAAAGUACUAGCUACAUACUACUUGAUCUAGUAUCUAUUACUAGUCUCGUUGGAAUUACGGGGUCAGAUAUGUCAAUGCCAAUAUUAAUGAGUGAUCUGUGAUAUUUUAGUUUUAAUUGUUGUCAGCACGUUAAUAUUGGUUGUGUAUUGUAAUGUGAUGAUUGUAAUUUUCAUGAAUGUCUCAGGUGAUAGUUGUGCCAAAGCAGCAUCAAGACGCUCGUACCACAUCUGCCUAAACUAAUCAUUUGAUUAGCAAAACUCAGAAACAAAAAGGAAGCAAAAAGUGCAGCGCAACAUUACGAUUUUAGUCUUAUAUACAUAUGUAUAGUUAAUAGGUAUUUAAACAUGAUUAUAAUUUAUCUCUACUAUUAUGAUGUAAAAGCAAAACAUUUUUGACGUAAUUAAUUAUGACAUAACUAAUUUUUUUCUGCACUAUUGUGCUAUAUAUAUAUAUAUAUAUAGGCGUACGUAAUAUCAUGGCUAUCCACUGUUCGUUAGACGACUUUUUCCUAUUUUGUUUUCUAAACUAUAUGUAUAGCUUUAUCGGACAUUACAGUUUUUAAAUCAGUUAAUAUCUUGUACGUACAUACAUGGGCAGCUAAUAAUUUUAUUUAACAAAUAUAAAAAUUGACCAGAUUUGUCUUGCUUUAAAGGUAGUGGUUAGGGUUUUUAAUUAGGUAUAUUAGUCGCGUUAAAUUUCCCAAUAAAAAAUAACGAGACAGAUAGGAAAUAAUUUUAUGUAGCAUAUUAUUUAAUUAAUUAAUUAAUUCGUCGAUGGAAGCAGCUCGUAUUCGGAUUUGGAUUGCAGUUGGAAACCGUUUCUAAUCCCUCUUCGUUGGAGUUCUACGUGAAAACUGAACGUAAUAUAAUGAAAUAUUUGUCACAGUACGACUUGUACUGUGCAAGCUAUUUUGAACUGUACUGUGUAUUUAUAUUUAUUUUUUUCCAAUUUUUUGUUAAAAUUGUUAAAGACGUUUUCAACAAAUUG